UGUACGAACUUGCAGAGUUUGAGCAUUGCACUGGAAGGACCAUAUCAUAUUCACCAUGGGAGUUUGGGGUUGGAGUUCAGUUUCCGAGUCUCAUACAACUUCCACAGAUAGAGGAGAUACCCCCAUCACCAUUGAUGUAAGAAGUGACACCAACGGUAAUGCAAGAAUGUCAUCACAUCGUGAAAUAUCCAGGGGUGGAUCGGAAGCUAUUUUCAUCACAGGGGUGGAUAGUUUCAUGGAAAAAAAGUUGUAUGCAUAUGCACUCCAAAAUAUGUGGAAUGAAGCCAGUUCCAUUUAUGACCAAUAUCCUGGUAUGAUACGUAUUCCCUUGACUGUGGGAGGAGAUACAGCUCUUCAUGUUGCUGUGACCAAAAGAAACACUAAUUUUGUGAAAAAUCUAGUUACCUCUGAACACAUGACACCACUAGACUUAGAAAUACGAAAUGCAGAUGGUAACACAGCGUUUGGAAUGGCUGUAAUUACGGGGAAUAAUGAUGUUUUAGAAACUAUGAUGGAAAAGAAUGAAAACUUGCCAGUGAUCCCAGGUCAAGAUGGGAUGCUUCCAGUUCACUUGGCUGCUUUAUUUGGCUACCACAAAAUUGCUCAAGAUCUUUCCUCUAAGAUGCUACAUCAAAACUUGGAUUUCAACCAUAUCCAACGACUCUUUUUCAUGGCCAUUAAUAGCAGCUUGUAUGAUAUGGCAUCAAAAUUAGUUGAAAAAUAUCCAGAGACUUUGUGCAUUGCAAGAGAUGGUGAAGAGAAGCUAACAGCUUUGCAUAUGUUGGCGCGAAAGUCUUCAGAACAAUUAUAUAGGCUACACAAAUCCAUGAUAUAUGAUUAGACGAAUCUAACCAAAUCACCUAGAAGGAUGUUCAUUGAGGAGGAACGGUGAAACUCCAAUGAGGGGGGAGACGGUGGCGAGAUAAUGAUCUUCACCGUGCUCCAUUGUCUGUUGUGCUCUGGAGGGGUCCCUGCGAUGAUAGUCUAAUGCUCAAGUUAGAACAUGGAUUUAAGGGACUGAGAAAUGAGAUAGCUAGAUUAUUUGUACCUUAUGUUCUCCAAGCCGUGUCUGUGAUGUGCGUUGAAGCUCUGAUCAUUCUUCUUCUUCUGGUCAGACUAUUCAGUAGAUAUGACAUUCCUUUGCUUGUAUAGUCUAUCUUGAUGUUUUGACUAUUCCAGUGUAGACGAUAAGGCAUGUUUGAUUUCUUUAGCUUUUCUUGUCUUCCUUUGAUGCUUUGCUUGAGCGUCUCUUUGUGUAGUUUUAUCCUUUAAAUAAGAGACAACAGGGAAAGAGGCAUAAGUGUGACUUCCUGAAAUACAAUUCACAUAUUAUAAUUAAUCACAAGACUUAUACUCUUGAAAAUUGUUAAUUCAAAACAUGAUAGACGAUAUGGUUAGCGUUAUAACUUAACAGUGGUGUGCAACUCACUUGUGGUUUUCGACUCACUUGUGGUUUUCUCUUUAAUGUCCAAUGUGAUGAUCCACAUAGUUGUUUGACCAUGGUGAUCGACUCCAUGUGUCGCAAUUCUGCAUGACAAUGUUGUGACCAGGUGGCGAGUCUAGUUAAUCAACCAAACAACGAUGCAACUAUUUGGAGGCUUCAACUUUCGUUUGAGAUGGACUUUUCCUGAGGAGAAGAUUGUUGUGAUAUCAAGUGUGAAUAAGUCUCACAUUGGAAGAUAAGGAUAAUUUUGAGAGGUUUAUAAGUGAGAUGAACCAAACAUCUAAUGUCUUAAGAUUUUGGGUGAAAAAUAUGGGGUCCAACUCACUUGUGGUUUGCUAUUUAAUGAUCAAUGUGAUAAUCCUUAUAGUUUAAAUCAUCUCUUUUAAUUUGGCCCAACACAGGUUUGUAAAUCAUGUCCCAUUUUACCCAAGCAAUUUUACUUCCUCCUUUCGUCCCCCCCCCCCAAACUACUCGUAGUCCUCUUUCUGACUUUAUCAACCCUAGAGGGAACCUUAAAAAGUGAUAAGGAGAAUAGUGGAAGAGCCGAUAAUACACUCUGUAUGAGACAUAGCCUCCAACUAGGGGUGGGAAUAGGCCAGGUCGUUCGUAUGGGCCUGUGACCUAGCCUACCACAGGCCCAAGCCAAGCCAGGCCAAAUUGGUAAAUAGGCAAGGCUUAGGCUUUUUGAAAAGUCUAUUUAGUUAAAAAGGCUAGGCUCAGGCCAUUUAAAAAGCCUUUUCCGCCUUAUGGGCUAGCCUAUUUAAGUAAAAAUAAUUAGUAUUUUUCUGGUACAUUGUAAAUAUGAUUAAUAUAAAUAUAUUUUACCAUUGAUGAUGUCUAUAUAUUAGAAAAUUAUCAUAAUAUCUUAAUAUUAUAUACUUAUUGAUAUUUUUAUAUAUUUAAGCAAAUUGACUUAUAUAAUGACUCAAAGUUAUAAGUUUAUUUAGAAAUAGAUAUAUAACGUAUUUAAAUACCUUAAUAUAAAGUUUGAUUUUAUACUGACUCUCCGACUCUAAGAAACCAACAUAAUCUCUCGUUUAGUUUCAUUUCUACCUAAUAACUUAUAAUAUUAUGAGUAUGAUUGUUGAAAAAACUAUUUUAGUAUAAUUUAACCCGUUAGUUUAUAAGUUUAAUAGCUUCUUUACAAAUAAUUUUGUUAGCAAACGUAAAACUCUUAUUGUGAAAUAGGCCUUUAAAUAUGCUACCAGGCCAGACCAGGCUUUCGAGAAGGCCAGGCCAGGCUCAAGGCCUUAAGAUUUUUAAACAGGCUAGGCCUAUUUACGUAAAGUCUACCUAGGCCCAGCCUAUUCCCACCCCAACCUCCAACUGUAGAAGAAAUGCAAGAAUGAAUAACGUAGAGUGAUGAGAGCAAAACAUGGAGGAGUAAAAAUAUAAAUACAUGGGUAUGUGGUAUUUAAAAGUUUUGUAAAGGUUUAAGGAUUCGCAGCAUUUGUCUCGUACUAAUUAAUUAGUAUUAUCAGUAGUAUUUUUCUUGUACAUUUGACGAACCAAUUAAGUUAGAAUUCCUCCUUGAUUCUUAGCAUUUGUUUUGAAUUUUAUGUAAUUUUGCAUUUUACAAUUGUUUUUCAUAUGACUUAUAUAUUCAACUAUACUG